AUGGAUAGUACUUGUAUUGAUGUAGUUAUUAACGAUUUGGAUAAUAAUCCGCAGUGUCUACAUGGUCCUACUUUAUUAUUUAGAAGAAUAAAAGGUAAAGCUAAAGAAUAUUAUGCUUGCGCUGCUUGCAGAGACCAUGUUAAGACACAAAAACCAUUUGAAAAUUAUUCUAAUAUAAUAAAAAGUUUAACUUUUCAAUCGAAUUCAUAUAGCGACAAAAAUAAAAUUGAUGCAGAUGAAAAAGACAAUAUUGUUUCAAAUUCAAGUUAUUGUUAUACAUGUAAUUGUUUGUUUGUUAAUGAUAACAAUCAUUCUGAAUGCAAUGUAUUACCCAAUCUAACAUUACAUCAACUAACUUAUCCUACGGAAGUUAUUAUCCCAAAGGUAGAUUCUAAAAUGCAUGCUCAAUAUUUUUUUUCGAAACCAACUCUUGAUGAUUUGUUAUCGAUUAUUACCAGGCUCAAAAUUAAUAGGGUCUUAUGUAUUGGAACACCUAGAAUUCAUGAGUUUAUAGUAAACAAAUUUAAGGAUCAAAUUACUAGCAUACUUUUAGACUUAGAUAAAAACUAUUUUAAUUUUUACAAUCGAAAUGAAUUUAUAUGGUACAAUAUGUUUAACAAUUACAUAUUCGAUAAAGAACAGAAAGAAAUUUUAAUGAAUCAUCUUUGUUGUGGAAGAAUACUUAUUUUACUUGAUCCUCCUUUCGGUGGAAGAGUUGAGCCACUGGCUAAUACAUUAAAAUUACUAAGCAAAUCAUUUUUGAAAGUGAAUAACAAAUUAAAUGGCGCUAUGGAUUUCAUAUUGGAAACAUUUUGGUUUUUUCCAUACUACAUGGAACAACACAUAAUAAGAAAUUUACCAGAAUUUAAAAUGUUUGAUUACAAAGUGAAUUACGAGAAUCAUUCGUCGUUUACAAAUACCGGAAAUAGAAAAAGAAAAUUCGGUUCGCCCGUUCGAAUUUUCACGAACGUGUCAUUAAGUAAAUUAAAUUUAAAAAGAGUGACGGGUUACAAAUAUUGCAAAUCUUGCAAUUAUUGGGUAUCAAACGAAAACAGGCAUUGCAACGAGUGCAAAUUUUGCACUUCGAAGGAUGGGAGAACGUGGGUUCACUGUUUUAAAUGUUCGAAAUGUGUCAAACCCUCGUACGAACAUUGCGACACGUGUAAAAGAUGUUGUUUGAAUGAUCACGUGUGCGGAAAAUUUCAACCUUAUGAAAAUUGUUAUCAUUGUCAUUUGCCCGGACAUAAAAAAAACGAAUGUCCUCGUUUGAAUGAAAACAAAUUCGAAAGGAAAGGUAAAAUCAAAAAGCGGAAAUUGUGA